AUAUGGAGCGGGGGGAGAAAUGGGACACCCGCCUAGCCAGCCAGAUCAGCCGAAUCAACCAUAGCGAUCAAUGGGGUGACAGAUGUCGCUCCCAGAUCGCCCUCACAUCCGUAGGUGGCAAGCGAGGUGCGUGAUUAUAUACAUAUUUGUGUGCAUACUAGUUUCAGUCAAGGUGUCGCAUUAUGCUAAUUACGUCUUGUAUGUAUUGUUGAGACAGAUUUGUGAUAAUAAAAUAAAUAUGGUCAGUUAAUCAGAGUGGUAUGUCUUAUAUGUCAUGUCGUAUUUAUUCAAACGAUACAAGUUAGUGUUAUUAUUUCCCACAAUCCAUCACACUGGUAUGGACAUUAUCCUAUUUGUCAUCGGCCAGGAGAGGUCGACGUUUCCUCGACUGGUCCACCGCAAAGGUAGGACGUGGCCACUCUUGUCCUCAGUGGACAGCCUGGCCAACAGUUACAUAACAAAGGAACUUUCUCACGCUUCCUUGUUUACGUUACCUCAUUUUUUGCGAGUUGGUUCGAGGUCUUGUAAUAGUGAUGUCUGGAAAGGUUGUGUUGCACUACUUCAAUGGGAGAGGAAAAAUGGAAUCAAUUCGUUGGCUUCUAACAGUUGCCGAAGUUGAGUUUGACGAAGUGCAUUUAACAAGCCGCGACGACUACGAAAAACUUCUGGCUGAUGGAGUGCUCAUGUAUGAACAGGUCCCAAUGGUGGAAAUUGAUGGCAUGCAUCUUGUUCAGACAAAGGCAAUCUUGAAGUACAUUGCAGAAAAAUACAAUCUUAACGGAGAAGACAUUAAAGAGCGGGCAAUGAUCAACAUGUAUUCUGAGGGGCUGAUCGAUCUCAUGGAGAUGAUCAUGUUUUGACCUCUCACACCGCCUGCAGAUAUGAAAACCAAGCUGGAAGGGAUAGAAGCUAAAGCAGCAGGCCGCUACCUGCCAGUGUUUGAAAAGGCGGUCUCUGGUUCCAUCUUCCUGGUGGGUGGACAGCUAAGCUGUGCAGAUGUCCAGCUGAUGGAGUGUUCCCUGAUGUUAGAGGAGAGGUUCCCUGGCAUUCUGGCUCAGUUCCCCAACAUCAAGUCUUUCCAGGGCAGAAUGUCAGAGAAACCAGCUAUUCAGAGAUUCCUUCAACCAGGCAGCAAGAGGAAGCCACUAAAAGAGGACGCUUAUGUUAAAACCGUAAUGGAGGUUUUUAAUCUUAAAUUACCCAUCGCGUCAUGAAAGGUACCCAUUCCUUAAGCAGCUGGAAUGCAUUGAUCAUUUAUCAAGUCUUACGUCGAGUAGUAAUCAAAAAAAUGAUUAUGGCUUCGGAAACCUGCCCAAAACUCUUUAUUCACUCCAACCCAAACUCCCAAGGCUAACAUCACUACAAUAUUUAUGUUCUUUAAUAGAAGGCCUAAAGAAGAGAAUCAAUGGAUUUCUUACCUUUAUUGCAGCCUUUAUUAGUGACAGCAAAAGUAAUUGAAUGGCAUUUUCCCAAAUAUUUUGGGCACACUAAAAGGCAAACGUUUAGUAUUCUGCAAAAAGCAUUAGGACAUUACUGAAACACUGUUUUGUGGUGUCAUCGCUCUUUCUAGAAGCUUGAAAAUGUACAAACUUACAUCUGGUUGGUUAUUAUACAGACAUACAUAACAUAAGUGAGAAUCACAGUUAGUUUAGAUUUCAUCCUAUGUAACAUUUGGACCAUUACAAUAUUGAUCUUGAAGUUGUGUCAUGGAAUGUAAGCUCAUUUUAUAAAAUAUUUAUUUUCAAAGGGAAUCAUCUUUGGGAAUGUUAUGAAUG